CUAUAAGAAAUUAUGCUGGCUCAGCCACUGCAUUCAAGUCCAAUUUGUCGACUAGAAGGACAUCUAGACGAAGAAUAAACCGAUUUUUGGAACAAAUGACAAUUUCCAUCAGCUAAAAAGAUACCACACUCGUUCUAACUGCCACGUGUAGCCUAUCUUCUUCAAGAAUGGUGCCGAUCCUAGUCACUAGAUUCUUUACCUUCCACUAUGAGUACUCGCACGAAGCAAAGAAUCAUCGGCCAGAUCAACCAAAACGCUACCCGAUCCUUCAGAUGAUCAACGGAGAGACCCCAAGGCCAAAUCAAUGUCUCUGCAGAAAUUCAAGCUCCUCGCCACUCACUGCGGCACCGUCGCUGAGAGUCCGACGCGCAGCCCGGUCGUCCACCUCCGCCGCCGUAAAACGCUGCGUUUGCUACUCACCCGUUCAUCAGAUCGGUGGCGAUCACCGGAGAUCCAAAGUAACGCCGACGAAUCGACGGGAUCCGAUGGUGCCCGGGGCUUAUCCGGGAAGAGAGAUAAGAUCCGAUCUCGGCGGAAGCUGAGAGAGCUAUUCGUCUCUUCACCUCCGGUGGAGGAAGGCCAACGUGGCGGCGGCGAUGCAGGGAAUGAAAUGGAGAGGGCGUUACCGGUUAACGGCGUUUAUACUAGCGGAGGUAUUGGAGAAGAGUCAACGGGUCGACGUAUGGGCCUUAACGGCGCAACGAGGCCCAUGUUAUCUGGUACACUUCGAUGUAGGUUACUCCGAAGAGCUUGGCGCCCCGUUCUUGUAACUAUUCCUGAACAAUAAAGUUAAUAAAAGAUUUGACAAAUUUUUUCCGAUUGAUUAAAUUUGCUUAAUAAGUUACUUAUGAAUUUUAGUGAAUCCCUAUGUUGUUCUUGAUUUUGGUGAUGAAUUUCUUUGGUAUAGAUAUGUCUAGUUGCAAGUUUAAUUUUAGUGAAAAUUGCAAGAAUUGCUUCUU